UCACAUUCUUUUCUCUAAUUGGUUAAGAAGCCUCUCUUUUAGCCACUAUAUACUCUAAACAAUUGAGACUAAACCAUCAUACUCAAUAUGGCAUACCAAAACCCUCCUUCAAUUCAAACAUCAGAUCCAGAAGCUCAUGAAAUCACUCCAACAAACCAUUCAGCCACAAGUUUUAAACCCAAAGAUGCAGUUCAGACACUGAAGAAGAACUUAGUUUUCCGUUCGAAAUGGGCCGAACUUAAUGGUGCCAUGGGUGACCUUGGUACAUAUAUACCUAUAGUCUUGGCUCUCACUCUAGCUAAGGACCUCAACCUUGGCACCACAUUGAUUUUCACAGGUGUCUACAACAUCAUCACUGGUGUCAUGUAUGGGGUGCCUAUGCCUGUCCAGCCCAUGAAAUCAAUCGCUGCCGCGGCUUUAUCAGACAAAGAUUUCGGUGUACCAGAGAUAAUGACAGCCGGAAUCUUGACCGGUGGCGUGCUCUUCGUUCUUGGUAUCACAGGAUUGAUGCAGCUGGUGUACAAGUUAGUUCCUUUAUCUGUUGUGAGGGGAAUUCAACUAGCACAAGGUUUGUCAUUUGCUUUAACAGCUGUUAAAUAUGUGAGAAAAGUGCAAGAUCUUCCAAAGUCUAAAUCUUUAGGCCAAAGACCUUGGUUUGGGUUAGAUGGUUUGGUUCUAGCCAUUGUUUGUGCUUGUUUUAUUGUGAUUGUGAAUGGAGCUGGCCAGAAAAAUAGCGGUUGUUGCGGUGCUCCCGAAGAUGGUAAUCUGGAUGGCCAAAUUCAAAGAAGUGAUGAAGGUGGAAGAAAGACUAAGAUGAAUAAACUAAGAAAGAUUAUUUUUUCACUUCCUUCUGCUUUUAUAGUCUUUGUAUUGGGAAUAGUUUUGGUUUUUAUAAGAAGAAGUGAAGUUGUGCAUGAAAUUAAAUUUGGACCCUCUAAAAUAGAAGUAAUGAAAUUCACUAAAGAAAAUUGGAAGAAAGGUUUUAUUAAAGGUGCAAUUCCACAACUUCCAUUGUCAAUGUUGAACUCAGUGAUAGCUGUUUGUAAAUUAUCAACAGAUCUUUUCCCUGAAAGGGAAUUUUCAGUUACAUCAAUUUCAGUGACAGUUGGACUAAUGAAUUUAGUUGGUUCUUGGUUUGGUGCUGUGCCAACUUGUCAUGGUGCUGGAGGACUAGCAGGACAGUAUAAAUUUGGAGGAAGGAGUGGAGGGUGUGUUGCACUUCUUGGUUUUGCAAAAUUGGUAUUGGGAUUGGUUUUAGGAACUUCUUUGGCACACAUUUUGCAACAAUUUCCAGUUGGGAUUUUAGGUGUGUUACUUUUGUUUGCUGGUAUUGAACUUGCUAUGUGUGCUAGGGAUAUGAAUAGUAAAGAAGAUUCUUUUGUGGCACUUAUUUGCACUGCUGUUUCAUUGGUUGGAUCAAGUGCUGCUCUUGGAUUUUUGGUUGGAAUGAUUGUUUAUGUGUUACUUAAGCUAAGGAAUUGGAGUAAUGAUAAACCACUUUCUACCAUUUGGAACCAGAAAAGUCCAAACUAAAUUUGAAGAGAGUUUAUUUAUGUGUAAAGAUUUUUAGUGUGUAUGGUUUUCAUAAUAUGUUGAUUUUCUGUGAGGUUUGAGUUUUUUUUCUUCUUGAAUUUGGUUUUCUUUGUUGUCAUGUGAGGUCUUGCUAGGGUUCUACUUCUAGGACUCUGUAUAUUGUAACUGUAAAAAAUGUAGAUCAUAUAGUUAGCAGUAGUAACUACUAUUUCUGGCUUUUGCUCCAUGUAACUUAUGUAUGCUAUCGCGUACCUAAUGUUUAUACACUCAAUAAAAGUACAAAGAAUUUGAAUCA